GAAAGGAAUGAGCACAUUUACUGCCCGAUAAUUUGCGUAUCAUGCUGCAUGAUCGGGCUUCGCAAUCAAGAAUCCAAACUUCCAUUAUAUUUGCAUGUUCUCGUUACUAUCACAGUUGUAUACAGUAUUUAUCUUUUCUUACGCAACUCUACACAGCAUGUCCACCUCUAACACUCCGGGCAAGACCGCCAUGGCGCCUACGGCGCGCACCUACGCCGCUGUCUUAGCGGCGUCGCUGUCGCCUUCACCUUCUACCAAGGUCACUAAGAAGGCUAGGAUUGAAACUGCAGUGACCGGCACUGUGGCUUUCGCAACUGCGGGAUCCCCCCUGAAGGACGGGGCUCAAAAGCGCACGGAGCAGGCUGCUCAGCCCGCUGAGUCACAGAUCGUCAUGGACCUGACGAACAGUGACGAUGAGGCGGGCCCCGUGAAGACGGCGCCGGUUCCCAAGGCCGUGGCAAAGGCGCGCACCAUCAGUGCCAUGCUGAUGUCGGCCGCGCGCGGCGCUGGCACUCGCACUGUGGCGCCCACCGCCAAGGCCGCAAAGACCGCCGCGCCCGCUGCCAAGAGCGCCGUGCCCGCGGCCGCGCCCGCUGCCAAGAGCGCCGCGCCCGCUGCCAAGAGCGCCGCGCCCGCUCCCGCGCCUGCUGCCAAGAGCGCCGCGCCCGCUGCCGAGACCAGCGCCACACCCCCUGCCAAGCCCGCCACCGUAAAGGAGUCGCUCGCGGCCGCCGCCGGUGGCCCUGGGUCGUCGAUUCCUGCUACCCCGCCAAUUGUUGAUGUUGACAACGAAAGCGACAUGGAUGACGUUGAGGCUAGCGAAGACGAUGGAAACGACAAGGUUGCAGACAUGGGCACGAAGCGUGGCCGCAAUGCCUGCGGCCAUGGCGCCAUCGAUUGGAAUAAUGAAUCAGUGCGUAUUGCGAAGUUCGUCAACAUCAAGAACACCAGCCGUUGGAAUGGGAUCGGGCACAAUUUCGUCAGGACUCCUGAGUGCACGUUCUUGUGCCUUGCCUGCAUGAAGCACCCCGGUGCGAAGGCCUCUGUUUGGACCAAGGGCGGCAACAAAGUCAUGAACAUGACUUUGUUCAACAAGCACCUUCUCUCCAAGAACCAUCUGGACGUUAUAGGCGCGGCUAAGAACCACACGAAGAUGUCCAACAUUGUCGAGAAGCAGAAGGUCAAGCUCAACCCAACGCUGUGCAGCCUAAUCCGUUCGGCCUACGCCUGCGGCAAGGAUGCCAUGGUGCGUUUGUGAGCGCGGCGCGUGGGCAAUUGUGCAUGGCGCACAUGUGGGCGCGGCGCGCGUGCGUGCUGGUGUGUGUUCGUUUGGUGUGUUGGUGUGUGGUGGUGUAGCAACGUUUGUGGUGUGUUGGUGUGUGGUGGUGUAGCAACGUUUGUGGCACAUUUGGUAAGCGGUACUAGUGGGCGUAGUGUGCUGUAGUGUAUGCAUACGGCAUGUACAACAGGCAUGGCGUUCGGCUGCAUCUUUAUCGGCUGACACGUUACAACGUGCACCCUUCCUGCUUGCUCGCAGCCCCUGACCCACUAUGUGAAGAUGGUCAAACUCCAGGCUGCGAACUGCGCUGACUGCAAGCAUGACUGCAAGGCGCAUACGUGCCGAAAAUGCGAUGCGUCCAAGGCAUGCGGCAGUGGUAUCACUAUUUCCGGUCCAU